CAGAUACUGUUGUUGAUGUAUGUUUAGGUUAUGUAUUUUUAUUAAUUAAUUAUUAUUUAUAUUAAUUCUCACUGCUAUCAAAAUGAAUCCUUUAACUAAUAUGAAAAAUGUGAAGAAGCUAAGUGAACAAGAGCUGAAUAGAUCUCUGAAAACCUCCUGGCAUGAUCAAUACAAAGACAGCGCUUGGAUAUUCAUCGGAGGCCUACCUUAUGAUCUUACCGAAGGGGAUGUUAUAUGUAUAUUUUCACAGUACGGAGAAAUCGUAAACAUAAAUCUAAUUCGCGAUAAAAUCACCGGAAAACAAAAAGGAUUUUGCUUCCUAUGCUACGAAGACCAACGUUCAACAAUCCUAGCAGUCGACAAUUUAAAUGGCAUAAAAAUUCUAGGACGCACCAUACGUGUGGAUCAUGUGAGUGAUUACAAACCACCUAAAGACAGCAAUAAAUUGGAACCAGAAACAAAAUUACUGUAUACUGAAGGCUGCGCUCCUAAAACUGAAACGAUAAAAGUUAAACCAGAGCGUGAUACAGAGGACGGCUUGCAGAAUCAUGUCAAAUAUGAUAAUCAGGAAACUGAAAAGUAUAUUAAGAAAGAAAAGGUGGAGAAAUCUGAGAAAAGUAAAAAAUCUAAGAAAAAAAGAAAAAAGAAGAGGAGUCGGUCAUCAAGUAGCAGUAGUAGUAGUAGUGACUGA